AUGAGGGCUUUUAAGACCAGGCGUCGCAGUGCAAGACGGAGAUCAAACUUGUCGAGAGAGAUUUCGCCCGAAGAUGAGGACCCCAGAGUGGUAAAAUACAGUGAGAUUGCUAGCACCAAAGGUGCUAAGAUUUUGACAAGCAAUCCGGAUUCUUGCGCUACUGCUCAAGCAAAACCCUGCCACGACAGCAGCUUAAAAGAACUAGUAGAUUUUCCGGACGCUUCCGGCUUGGAAUUCGCAUUGGAUUCAGAUAAAUUGGCAAACUCGAUUCCAAAACGAGUGCUGGAAAAGUUGAUGGAUUUCACACUGUUCAGAAAUGCACCACAUACGUUUUUUGUUGAAAUCGCUCGUAAGCUCACACUCAUGACAUAUCAUGCUCAAGAUCAUAUCGUAAAGGCUGGCGAGCCAGCUAAAGCGAUGUAUUGGAUCCUGAGAGGUUGCGUCAACGUCACCUCGCCAGAUGGCGAGACUGUACAUGCUCAGUUACUUGAGGGAAGCUAUUUCGGGGAAAUCGGUAUACUUUUUAACCGAUCCAGAACAGCGACUAUAGUCGCCAAGACCAAAGUGCUGCUGGGAGUGCUAACUGCUGAUAAUUUCAAUCAAAUUUUGCCCGAUUUUCCUCAAGUGGAACGGCAGAUUCGCGAUGAAGCUCAAGAAAGGCUCGCUAUGCAAGACAAAAAGAAACGUUCCGGGGUACCAAGCCUUCUUACUGCUAAUAUCGCUUGGAACAAUAGCAGUCCUAUUGCCUGGAAUAAUAACAGUCUUCCGAGCAGCACUUCCACUGCACACGAGAUAGCGCGUUCUCCUACGCCAGAAUCUUCCUUGCAAUUUUCCUCUCAUUUGAUAUCCACAGAAGUUGUUGACGAUUCCAUAUCCAUUCGUCAAUUCUUGAAGAGUCUCCCUCUUUUCACAACAUUGCCGGCGGAAAUUGCUCAUAGGAUUGCCUUGUGCGUUGAACUGAAACAGGCAGAACCAUAUGAAUACAUUUUUCACGCUGGAGAUCGCGGCACGAAUAUCUACUUCAUAGUAAGCGGAGAAGUUGAAGUUUUAACCCGGGAUCCAUCGAGUCCCGAGUCAGACUCUACUAAAUGCAUAAAGCGUUGCGAAAAGUUAAUCGCAAGGUUAGGCCCUGGUCAGUACUUUGGAGAAAUGGGAUUUUUAGGUUCCAUUAGUGACGACAGGGCAAAAUCGAUAAGGUCGGCAGAUGUCAGGUCGGUAUCCUCGAGCACUUUGCUCGUGUUGACUGGAGAGACUCUCAAGCAUUUCUGUGAAAGCUAUCCGAUAGUAAAGCGAGAAAUCACUAAAACUGCAGAUGAUCGCGCAAGUCGGAAUUUGACAUCAACUUGCGAGGAAGACAAUAGCGACUCAGAUUCUGGACUUGACUCAAUAAGUAGUUCAGAACGGGUUUUGAAAAAGCCAAGGCAAGAUUUCACUAAAAAGACAUACGUUGUGGCUGAUGUCAGCACCAUAGCUUCCUCAAGGGAUAUCGAAAGAUCUUCAAGCCCUUCCCAAUCAUUAUUUCCUAUUAAUCCUAAAUUUACGUUCGGGUCCGAGAAAGAAGCCGCGAAGAGUAAUUUGUCGAUGUCAAUUCCUGAUUCCUUGGCAAAAUUGCCAGCGAACGACACUUCUAUGCAAACAAGCAAUUCGAAAAAGUCAAGCUUCAGCCCCGUCCCCCCUAGGCCUAUAUCCCCAGCUACUGGGCCCGUGCAGCUACUACAAUUAGAUUCACCACUCAUGAAUGCAGUAGAAGGUCCAAGUCAUUCCUUCAAAGUUCAACAACCUCCUCCUUUGAACUAUAUGUCUCACAGAAAGCGCACAAAACUGCUCAGUCUUGGAGGAGGACGAGAACGACGCAGGAAUUCUGUUUUGAGUGUCGGACCUUUACCGGACCGGCUGUUACUAAGAUGCUUCCACUUUCUCAAUCUGCCCGACCUCAUGAAGCUUCGAUUAGUCUGUCGCAGAUGGAGGCAACUGCUUUAUGUUGCUCCUGGUCUAUUCGACACUUUGGAUUUGAAGCCGUGGAACAAUUCCAUAGACGAUAAUGCUCUGACAGAAAUCACCAACUUCGUGGGUUCCCGACCAAAGUUAAUAGACCUUUCGAACUGCUUUCAUGUAACUGAUGCAGGAUUUUCGUACAUGAUCAAUGAAGUUGGAAUUGAGGGCCAGAUAAAGGUGAUUCGGAUGAGGAGCUGCUGGGAAUUCAGUGCGAUGGCGAUUAUGGAUAUUGGAGCGCCGCACAUAGGUAAAUGCAUCGAAGAAAUCGAUCUAACGAACUGUAGAAAAGUCAAAGAUGACGUGGUUCAGAGACUCAUGGGAACUAACGAUUCAAGGCGAAUUGGUACAGCUGGACUGUCGACCUCCAUGACUGACCAAAGUAAUUGGAUAUACCCGCUAGACGAGCCCAUUCAUGGGAUGGAGAUGUUUGACGCUAAUGAAAAGACCUCGCUCAAUGUUGGCUGCCCAAACCUCAAAGUGUUAAUUCUCAGACACUGUAAAUCCAUAACUGACUCGACAUUACGGCAUAUUGCCUUGUAUGGGCGGCACAACUUGAGGGAGCUUGAUCUUACUCGUUGCACAGGAAUCACAGAUGUGGGUUUCUUGUAUUGGGGGUAUCAUACAUUUCCGAAUCUUGAGAAGCUCGUUCUCAGUGAAUGUAUUUUUCUAACCGAUGAUUCGAUCAGGUCAAUAGCCAGCUGUGCGAGUGGUCUGCGGAUACUUCAAUUGUCGUUUUGCUGCUCGUUGACUGAUGCCUCCUUAGAGACGUUAUGCUUAGGUUGCCCAAAUCUAGAGGUUUUAGAUCUAAGCUUUUGCGGCAGAGCAGUAAGCGAUAUUUCAUUGCUUGCUCUUUCGAUGCAUUUAAGGAAGUUGCGAAGGAUUACGAUAAAGGGCUGCUUGAGAGUAACAAGAUCCGGCUUGGAUUCUCUACUUGGAGGCUUCACGUCUCUCACUUACAUCGAUAUCUCGCAAUGCAAGAAUGCUCAUAUGUACCAAGGGGGCAUUCAAGCCACAAGAUUUGAACCAGUAGGCAAUUCCAAGAGUGUUUUUCUAAAAAUGGAGGACAAUAAGGAACGUUGUGUCGAGGUCGUGAUCUAA